CCUCCAUUAAGGCCCUACACGAGAAGAGGACGAAAAAGAAACGAGGCACAAUGGACAGAGCGUUCGAAACGUCGAGUCACGCGGCACCGCCAAGUCCACGGCCGCAGACUGAUUUAGUAGCAAUUGGACGUCAGCGGAAGGAAGAACCACCCACAGACGAUUCAGCGACUCUGGUAUAUUACAGCGCUGUGGCGCCACACGUGGGCCACCCCAACGACCCGGCACAGGACACGCGAACCAAAGACAUCACCGAGGUUCCUUCACCCAUAUUCAGAAACCAUCCAAAAGACCGCGUGUUCGCAUCCAAUAUGGCCGCCGUGAGACCUCGACUUCUGCUCAGACAACCUGUUUUCAGACAAGCUGCUCCCAGGCAACCUGUUCUGUUGAAAUCUUCUGCGAGUGCUCCAGAACCUCGUGCCGUUGUGGGUCCUGGUCCUGCAGCAAGCCCGACGGCAAGGCCGACUGUAGCAGCAGCGGCUGCGAGUCCAGCCCCCAGUCCGAUACCGGUGGCCAGACCAGCUGCGAGUCCGACAGGACGACGUAGUGGUGUUCGGCGACAACGAGGCAGAACGCUUAAUGCACUGCCGGUUCGCAGGCGUCUUAACGCAACGUCCAAAGCGACCCUGGUCGCUCCACUGAUCACCUGUUGCGUAGCGGCAGUGAUCGGUAUUAUAUUUCUGGCUUAUGGCGUCCACUACCUUACAUCUCAGGACAGCCUCAACUUGAGGCUCGCGAAUAUGUUAAGAACAAACAUCACUACCGCAGCGCGCACUAGCGAGUCGACGUAUGCUUCAAAGCGAGCCCUAAGCGAAGCACCGCCGCCUACAGAGUCUUCGACCAUUAAUCAGGCCAGCGAAACUGUUGCUCCAACGAUUGCGACUACAGAGGGUUAUGCGCUCGUGUUGGGCUAAAGACGCGGCAUUUUGUCGGAAAAAUAACGCGUCAACUUUGAUCCUUCAAUUUGUAGCAAUAAAGGCCACGUGCGAGUCUUGCGAGA